UGAGCCAAAUUCCAUUAUUGAAACGCCCAAAUCGUGAAGGACACAACAUAUUCAUACAUGCUUUGAUCUUCAACCCAAAAAGUCCCAAAGGAUGAACGCCUACUCUCAUUAGCCCUUUCCUCCUCCUCCUCCUCCUCCUCCUCCUCCUCCUCCUCCUCCUCCUCCUCCUUUCACCAACAACUCUCGAGUUCAUGAACCGUUUCGAGCGCGCAAUUUCCAAAAAUGGUGGAAGUCUACAAGGGUUCGAACUCCCCACCAAUCCUCAACAACUGCAAACCACUAAAUCUCUGGGUAUCGUCUUGCGAAAUGCACAGCAACUCCUCGGUGAUUAUGCCACAUCCUCACUCCCCCGCAUUGCUGAGCGAUUCGAGGAAGAAGGCUCUUCCACUGACCCCACUGUGAGGGGUCAAAUACAAGAAGAGUUAGUACAAGUAGGUCUUAGGAUGCAACAAUUUGGAGCACUUCUUCUCGACCUUGGCACUUCAAUCUUGGCGCUCCGUUUGGAACAAUCAACCAUUGACAUCCAAGAUGUUGGUCGAAGGGUUAUUUGUAGCAAUUCCCCAAUGGAUGUGUUUCGCGCUGUGGUAGAGAGUUCAGCUCAAAUUUCUGGGAGUAGUAGUGAAGAUAUUGCUAAUGAGUUGUGCACCCACGACACACUUGCUCAGGAAUAUUUAGAGAUGUUAUCAAGUGACAUAAACCGACGCUUACAAACCAAUUCAGAACACCAAAAUUAAUACAUUUCUGGCAGAUUUGUCAAUGGGGGACUUAUCAAUAUUUAUUUAUUUUUAUUAUUAUUAGCUCUCUCAAGUUUAUUAAUAUUUUUUUU